GCCCCAUCUAAAAAGCCCGGGAAAAAAUACACCCAAUCAACCGAGAUAACAUAUUUUUGAUGGUGGCCUUAGUUCAUUUUAAUUUUUAUACUUUUUUAAGUAAUUCUUCGAGAUUUAUUUUGUGGUGAAUCUUUUUUUUGGGCAUUGUUCGGGACUAUGCAGGUUUUUUCGAGCAAAUACCUGAAAUUUUUCAAAAUGCCGAACUAGCCCGAAAACGCCCACACUUUUUACGGUGUAUGCAGCUUAUUGGCACCCUCCUCUGGACGGUUGGAUACAAUUUUGCAAAAUUUUGAGUUAUCAUUAGCCAAACGACCGGCUGACUCUAUUUUUAGUGCUCAAAUGACUGUAACACCAGAUAUUUGUGACGUCCGCCGUGUCUAAUUUACGGUUUUCCCUCUGAUUGGAUGUGGCACCUCUGGCAGAAUGUUUUUUAACUUUUGAAACAAAUAGAUAUCUUCUUCUUUUUCUUCUUCUAAAAACAGUGUUUUAUUUAUCUUAGGUGAGGCAAAUGACUUUAAAGUCAUUUGCUUCUGUAGACUCUAAUCCCUUUAUGUUAAAAUGAACAGGGAGACGAGACGUCAGUCCGCCAUUUCGCCUUUCAUGCAUUUCUCCCAGUGUACAAUAAUCAGAGUGUGCAGUUUUAGAUUUAUCUUAAUUUAAUCAAUGAUGCUUUAGCUAGCUAAAUAUUUUAUACCCAUUCUUGUGUUAUGGAACUAAUCCUUACUGUUUGCAGUGCAAAACCACAAACAACUUAAUAAACUAGAAGGUGGCGCGCUAAUUUUCGUCGAAGUUGCAUUUCUGUAUUAACAAGACUUUUAACCUUUGACCUUCACCUAAACUAAGCUAAAACUAGCUUCAAAAUCAUUUGGCAAACCAACAUCCAUUCCAACCUUGCGAAGGGCACGUCCCAUAGCUAUGGCUACCAUGAUGAAUACAAUGACUACUAUACACAAGGUUGUGUAUUUCCGCUACGCAACAUUGUUGCUUGUGUGGCGUUCAUCAAAUAUCCUGUAGGUAUAUAGAAUUGAUAAAUCGUGCUAUCGUGCUGGUGACUACCAUAACAUGCUUUCUCUGUCCAAACUGAUUCCAUUUUCGCCAGAAUGUUUUAAAAACGAGUAGCAGAGAAAGAGAAAAGCUGUAAGCUGUUUGGCUCUGGCAUUGGCGUGGCAGAAAAAAAGAUGCUAGGAUUUGGUGAAGAGAGGUCUUUUGUAGAUUUAUUCUCAAGGAAACUUCAUUUGAGUUCAUUUAAAGUCCUGAGAAUACUUCUGUGAGUUGAAAUGAACUGUUAAUAACUUUGCUUCACAGGGCCGAAAAGCUUACCACUGAAAAUGUACACAACAGAAUUCAUCUAUUGAUUUUGCAUUAUUGGUUGCGGAUUGUUACCAAUCACCAAAAGUCAGCAAUAAAUUAUAGAUUACAAAUCUUUUUAUGGAGGAUUCCACAAAGACAUCAUCAAGUCCAAAUCAAUCUCAUUCUUUGGAUUCAAAUACCAGUAAUCUAUUAGCAAGUGGUGAAAUACCUAUUUCAAGUACAGGCAGAAAGCGAUCAUUAAGUUCUUCAUCACAAUAUGUCAAAUCAUCUUCUGACGAUAGUCGUCUCGAAUCGCAAAACAGUAACAGUUCCAAUAGUCAAGCCACAACGAUUUCACUAGAAUCAGGAACUUCGGAGAUUGCCACUAAUCAAACACCGUUAACAUAUUCAUCCAAAAGUACCAAUUCGUCUUUAGGCAGUUCCACGAGUCAAGCAACAACUUUGUCCCUAGAAUCUAACAAUUCGGGGAUCGUUACAAAUCCACUUCCAAGUAAUGAUAUAUCGAAAGGCAAUUCAAAUAUCGUUACCGGUCCCACGUGGGGCUUGUUGACUGCAGUUAAUAAUGAGUAUAGGAAUUACAAUUUAAAAGGCAAUGGGCCUAUUCAGUUUGGACGUCAUUAUAACUGUGAAUAUAAAUUUCCUAAAAAAGUCAAAUGGAACAAUAAAGUUGUGUUUUUCCAACUCUCGGUGUUUCAUUUUACGAUUUAUAGGGUCGUAGACGAACAAUCGCCAACCGGCUUUACUGUUUACAUAUCGGACAGAAGCAGACACGGGACUUAUUUAAAUGGCGAGAAAAUUGGAAAGGGCAAUUCUCAGCCUUUAACGAACUGUUCUAAAAUAAGUUUAAUAUAUUCAAAUUACGAAACGUUUAUGUAUUUCGACAUCAAUUAUCAUGAGGCUAUGCUCAGUAAGUUUCCAAAGGAACUAAAGGAAGAAUACAUAGUAGAAACUGUAAGACUUGGCGAAGGUACUUACGGUGUCGUGCAGAGAGGAUUUCUAAAGACGACGAACGAACAGGUAGCAAUAAAGAUCAUCCAAAAAACGCCUUCUCUGUGUUUCGUCAAGGACAUCAGCUAUGAAGCCAAUUUAAUGAUGGGGCUUAAGCACCCAAAUAUCGUAGAAAUUAAAGGUUUUUAUGAAUCCGAUGAAAAUGUCUGUAUCGUUCUAGAAUGCGUUGAUGGAGGAGAACUCUUCCAAUACUUAAAAAAGUAUGGUGCUCUAGCAGAAAGCCGGUGCAAGGAUUUGUUUAUGGAGCUUUUACAAGCUGUAGAUUUCCUCCAUAAAAACAACAUCGUUCAUCGGGACAUAAAGCCAGAAAACGUGCUGUUAACUUGUAAGAACAUCGAAACAGCGCAUGUCAAAUUAACAGACUUCGGUCACAGUCGGAUCGCUUCCGAACAGUCUGUAUUAAAAACAGAUGUUGGCACGCCCAAUUUUCGUGCACCGGAAAUCGUUAGGGGACUUGGCUACACUAAAAACGUUGAUUUGUGGUCUCUUGGUUGUAUAUUGUAUGCUUGUCUCUCUGCUGAGCUACCUUUUACUAUGAAGGAUGGCAUGGACGCGUUAAACGCCUCGAUUUUGAGCGGUGUGUACGAUUUCGAAAGUAUAAACUGGCAGCAUAUUUCCUUUGAAGCCAAAGAAUUAGUUCGCCAACUUCUGACUGUUGAUGUAAACAAAAGAAUAAAGUUACACGAAGCAUUGCAGCAUGACUGGUUUAAACCUGCUUUGGAACAGCUGUGUAAGAAACAGAAAAUCGAUAAUUAGAUUAAGAUAUUCAUAAAUAUUUAUGUUAAGUUUUCUGCUUUAUAUUCCGUCCAUAAUAUAUUCAGUUGGUAUAUGAGAACAGGAACUUUCGCGAUCAUAAGUCAUUGCAAAUUUGGCACAUUAUUUAAAGAGCUAACGCAUACUUUAAAGAAAGAAAGUGUUUUUGAAAGAAAUAUAUGCUGUUACUGCGAAUCCUUUUAUUUUGCAUGAAAAACACUUCUCAAGUUCGAAAAAAAUUUUCAUUUAGUUCCCAUUCGUUUUACUGACUUUAAUCUUAUAGUACCGAAGUUUUCAGAAUUUGUUUCUAAUUAGAACAUUUCGCAGAAAAAAUUUUGCUGUACAACACUACAAACCUUACUUUUUGCGGUAUUAAUUUUUUUUUUUAAUUUCUUAAAACCCGCAAAAUUUCCACAUUCUUUUUUUUUAGAUAAUAAUAUAUAGCCGUGAUAUUAUCAAAGAAGUCAUAAAGUAGUGUUAGUGGGCUUCUAAAAAUAUAUUUUUGACAAUUUUUUUUGAAAUGGCCCAUUAGAGUAAAAAAGUUUUUGGCCAAAUCUCUCAUCAUAGCUAAUUCGCAAAAUUAUUAUUCUCGAAACGCGUUUUUUAGACCUCGCAAAAUUGAUUACAAAAAACACAUCUGGUAAAGCUUGGAAAUGCAAAUUAAAGGACUAUCAUUGUAACAAAUUUCGCUGAAAUGUGUUGUACAUACUUAAUGCUUACAAAUGCUGACGUCAGCAUUAUUUUUGAGUAUUAUUUCUUUUGUUAGUUUUCAUUUUUUAUGUUGUUUUAAAAUAUUUCUACAAACGUAGUUACUUCUUUUCUAUUAAAUCAAUUUGUAUACAAACCAAAUUUUGAGCUAUUUUUUUUUAAUUUUAAAGUUUAGAAAAUCCUCUAUCCGCUUGCUCAUUCUUUCACGUCAUUUUUGCUCAACGUAUGUAAUUGAAAUUUUAUUUUAAAUACAAACAUAUACUUCACGAACAUUGAUAAAUUUAAGCACUAUACCCCUUUAGUCAAAUGUGCAUACAACGUUUUGCCUUAAAGCACUUUUAGGGAGAUUUUGGAGACUUUCAUUGCUCGCGUUGAUUAAUUUUCGCUACUGUAAGGCUUAGGUAUUUUUUAUAUAUUUAAAUUUUUUGUCACACGUAUGUUAAAUUAACUUUUUGCACUUCAGUAACUUUUUGUACGUCUAAUUGAUUGCACAUAUUUUUCUCUCGAAGGAAAUGAUUUGUCUUCUUUCCUCAAAAAUAGUUUUGAUCAGAAUCUGAAGUCUAAAUUAAAAAAUUAAAUUUCCUAAAAUGGAAACAAAAGGAUGGAAGAACAGUUUUCGCGCGGAUUUAUUUUAGCGAAUCGGUCCUCGAAGGCUAUUUCGCGUGGACGUAUUUUCGCGAAUUGAGCCGAAUUUACGAAAAUAUAUACCGCAUAAUUUAUCUUCUUAGGGCAUAUUGCAUUCUGCCUGUGAUUUUUAUUUUAUUACAUUACCAUUUGUAAUACAACGCUGCAUAUGAUUUAUUAAAAAAUAUUUGUUUACUCUUUAUCUCUUGCUCUUGUAGAAACAUUACCAUUGUUUAAGUCACGCGACUGUUGUAUAUAUAUUAUAUAUACGUAUUUGCAUUUUUUUUCGUUACAGUA